AUGUCCCUCCUUCCCACAGCUCGUGUCCCCAUCCCCGAAAAUGGCGUCGACUACCGCGGCACAGUCGUGCUCGCCCCAAUGGUCCGCUCCGGCGAACUACCCUCGCGCCUCCUGGCCUUGAAAUACGGCGCAGAUCUCGUCUGGGGCCCUGAAACAAUCGACAGAUCCCUGAUCGGCUGUGUCCGGCGCGUCAACCCCCGCAACGGCACUAUCGAAUUCACCCGUCAACCCUCCAACGGCGGCCGCACCGACAUUCCACCUAAAGAAUCCGUCAUCAGUCGCAUCGACACCGCACGCGAGAAGGGACGCCUGAUCUUCCAACUGGGUACCGCCGAUCCAGCCCUCGCAGUACAAGCCGCCACCAUAGUGGCAGGUGACGUUGCAGGCAUCGACGUCAACUCCGGCUGUCCAAAGCCAUUCAGUACCGCCGGUGGCAUGGGCGCUGCUCUCCUGCGCACACCAGACAAACUUGUUGCGAUCCUUGAGGCUUUGGUCCGCGAGGUCGGUGAGCCAUUCAAGAUCGGUAUUUCGGUCAAGAUUCGUAUUCUCAGUGAUCCGGAGUUGACGAAGAGCCUUGUCUCGCGACUUGUGCGCACGGGUAUCACCGGCUUGACAGUGCACUGUCGUACGACGCCCAUGCGGCCCCGUGAGCGUGCAAUUAGAGACCAGCUUCGCAUGGUUGCGGAAAUUUGCCAUGAGGCCGGUGUGGCGUGUGUUAUGAAUGGCGAUGUGACAAACCGCGAUCAAGCGCUCAAGAUGAUGAAGGAGUAUGGCGUUGAUGGCGCUAUGAUUGCGACUUCUGCUGAGGCGAAUUCCUCGGUCUUCCGUUCUGAGGCGGACGGUGGCCUUGCGCCGUGGCAGGAGGUCGUUUAUCACUAUUUGAAGUUCUGCAUUGAAAGCGAGAACCGGUAUGGAAACACGAAGUACCUUCUCAACAUGCUUAUCUCAGGCAAGAACAAGGAGUUUGCUCGUGCCAAGUUGUCCAAGACUUACACGGAUAUGUGUCGGAACUUGAAAUUCGACGAUCUUAUCCCCAGCGCAAUUACUCUCGAUGAGAUUCUCCAUUUGAACGAUAAGUGGGAGCAAACUCCCGGCGAAGAUGAGAAGGUCCUGUCUAAGGCUGUUCAGAACGCCAUGGAGAACAAUGAGUCGGCCCGUGCGGCUGGUGGUCAUGGUGUCAGAUCCAAGUCUAUUUCUGCACCUUCUCAUGCCGGUGGUCCAAUUCGUACCUUGGGUAUUCCAGAGCCCUCGGCUUUGGCCAAGUCCCACCCCGAUGUUUCUGUUGAUGCUUCCAUUCCCGUAGCAGAGGCAGCUCAGAAGCAAGAGUUGGCAGCUUAA